UGGCUAUGCACAGAGGGAGGUGAAGCCUGGUUGUGGACGGCGGGUGGACGAGCGUGGCUAGAGAUCGAAGGAGGUCAAAACUGGUUGCAGACUGAGGACGGGCGAGUGUGGCUAGGCACAUAUGGAGGUGACUGGUUGUGGACGGCGGGUGGACGAGCCGUGGCUACACACUGAGGGAGGUCAAAGAUGGUCGCAGACUGAGGACUGGCAGUGGCCGUCACCUGUUCGACAACACUCGCCCCCACCCCCACAGCCAUCCUUGCUCCCAUCUCUCAGUAGCACGGACCUUGUGCAGACAUGGGAUGAAUCGUGGCUGCAGAUCCAUGGCGUGAAAAUUUUGCGGACUCCAGACGAACAAGACUGGCUGCAGACCCAGACUGGGCGCCACUGGCUACAGACUCAGGCUGGAUGCCACUGGCUACAGACUCAGGCCGGGCGAGGUUGGCUGCAAACUCAUUCUGCGCGAAAAUGCCUGCAGACCUCGGGGGGGCGAGAGUGGCCGCAGACUAGGAGUGGGGGAUCCUGGUUGCUGACCCUGCACGGGCGACGCUGGCUGCAGACUCCGAGCGGUGAAGACUGGCUGCAGACCCACGGUGGGCAAGACUGGCUGCAGACCCAGUGCGGACAAGACUGGCUGCAGAUUCUGGGUGGCGAAAACUGGCUGCAGACAGAGGGUGGACGAGACUGGCUGCAGAUAGAGGGUGGGCGAAGAUGGUUACAGGCAGAUGGCGGGCGAAAGUGGCUGCAGGCAGAGGCUGGGAGAGACUGGCUAGAGAACCAGGGAGGGCGAGACUGGCUGCAGACGCCACAUGGUCAAGCAUGGCAGCUGAAUACAACCUGGGUGACCGUGGAAGAAUUCUCAAGAACUUUGGAGGCACUCAGAGAGUACAUAUUUGCCCCAGACAUGCGCUUGCACCCGGCCUUUGAAGUUGUCCAGCAGUUCAAGAGCUUGCCGGAUUUCUUGAUGUUUCCGGCAUUCCUAGCAUUGAGGCCUCAGGAUCAUUUCCCUCAAGUAUCAUCGCAUGGUCAUCUUCCACCAGGCAUAGAGAUCAUUGAUGCCAUGAAGGUCUUUUCGAGUUUCGCAUAUGAAGCGCGCGAAGAAAGUCAAUCCGCUUCCGACGUUCUCAAUUACGCAUGUCAAAACUGGGUCGUUCAUCUCUCACGAGCUCCGAAUCCAUGGGACGAGAGCCUCUCCCAUAUAUUUCAGUCUUUCUGGGGUCGUAAUCUCCUCUCCUGGCUCACGAGGCAAUGGUGUUUGAAGGGUCUACGGUCUUGCCUCACUAUCUUAUCAGAAGGCGGGAAAAUUGCAAGGCAACAUCACCUCCAAAUCUCAGGAUCAUCUCAACAACCAGCUUGAAGCUAUCAGGUUUUUACUGAAUAGAUGCACGAGAAUUCUUCGA